CAGCCCCAGCUCUAAACCCGGCGGCUCCGCGGGCGCACCAUGGCACUGGAGUAGCGCGGGGAGCGCGCCCGGAGCCCCGCGGCCCGCUGCGCCCCGCCCGGGACCCCGCUGCGCCGCGCACCGCCCCCACCCCGGCCCGCGGGGCCGACCCUGCGCCCCCACCCCCUCCCCCGCCCGCCGCCGCCGUUGCCGCCCGCCUCCUCCCCGCGGCUCCGUCUGCAGCCGCCGCCGCUGCCGCCGCUGGGCUCCGGGACUGACAAGCAGGUGACAGAGGAGCCGGCGCGCGUGGCUGAGAGUGCCCGGGAGAGCGCGGAGCGGGCUGCAGCCGCCCCGGCCCGCCCGCAAGACGCCGGGGCCCGGGGCCAGCGCGCCGCCUCUCCACGCUCGCCGGGGGCCGCGGCAGCCCCUGCCCCGCGGGGGUCGCGCCUCCCCGGCUCCAGGGCCGCGGCGGCGGAGAGCGGGCGGACGGGCCGGCAGGCGAGCAGCCGGGCCGGCGGGGUCCGCAGCGCGCCCCGCGUCCCAUGGAUAUAGCAACAGGUCCCGAGUCGCUGGAGAGGUGCUUCCCUCGCGGGCAGACUGACUGCGCCAAGAUGUUGGACGGCAUCAAGAUGGAGGAGCACGCCCUGCGCCCCGGACCCGCCACUCUGGGGGUGCUGCUGGGCUCCGACUGCCCGCAUCCCGCCGUCUGUGAGGGCUGCCAGCGGCCCAUCUCCGACCGCUUCCUGAUGCGAGUCAACGAGUCGUCCUGGCACGAGGAGUGUUUGCAGUGCGCGGCGUGUCAGCAAGCCCUCACCACCAGCUGCUACUUCCGGGAUCGGAAACUGUACUGCAAACAAGACUACCAACAGCUCUUCGCGGCCAAGUGCAGCGGCUGCAUGGAGAAGAUCGCCCCCACCGAGUUCGUGAUGCGGGCGCUGGAGUGCGUGUACCACCUGGGCUGCUUCUGCUGCUGCGUUUGUGAGCGGCAGCUACGCAAGGGCGACGAGUUCGUGCUCAAGGAGGGCCAGCUGCUGUGCAAGGGUGACUACGAGAAGGAGAAGGACCUGCUCAGCUCCGUGAGCCCCGACGAGUCCGACUCUGUGAAGAGCGAGGACGAAGAUGGGGACAUGAAGCCGGCCAAGGGGCAGGGCAGCCAGAGCAAGGGCAGCGGGGAUGACGGGAAGGACCCAAGGAGGCCCAAGCGACCCCGGACCAUCCUCACUACACAGCAGCGAAGAGCCUUCAAGGCCUCCUUUGAGGUCUCAUCCAAGCCCUGCCGAAAGGUCCGAGAGACACUGGCAGCUGAGACGGGCCUCAGUGUGCGUGUGGUCCAGGUCUGGUUUCAGAACCAAAGAGCAAAGAUGAAGAAGCUGGCUCGGCGGCACCAGCAGCAGCAGGAGCAGCAGAAUUCCCAGCGGCUGGGCCAGGAGGUCCUGUCCAGCCGCAUGGAGGGCAUGAUGGCCUCCUACACGCCGCUGGCCCCGCCACAGCAGCAGAUCGUGGCCAUGGAGCAGAGCCCCUAUGGCAGCAGCGACCCCUUCCAGCAGGGCCUCACGCCACCCCAAAUGCCAGGUGACCACAUGAACCCCUAUGGGAAUGACUCCAUCUUCCACGACAUCGACAGCGAUACCUCCUUAACCAGCCUCAGUGACUGCUUCCUUGGCUCCUCAGAUGUUGGCUCCCUGCAGGCCCGUGUGGGGAACCCCAUCGACCGGCUCUACUCCAUGCAGAGUUCCUACUUCGCCUCCUGAGAGCCAGCCGGGUGCACGGACGCUUGGGCAGGGGCCUGGGGGGGACCGCCAGCCUCCUUGGCCAGCCUGGCCACCCCGCCCUGCUCUCUGCACAGACUAUAGACAGCCAUACGGUGCCCUCCCCUCGGCCAGCCAGGCCUGGCCACUGUGCCCAUGGGGUACAGCCAGACCGGUAGAUGGGGCACAGCCUGGGCAGGGGCUGUGUCCUGCCCACAGAGACCUUGUCAUCCCCAGGGACCCAGAGCUCUCGGAUGGCCACCUGCCUCCCAGCCCCACCUUGGCCUCCAUCGCCUCCUCCCCAUCUCUUUUUUGGGAAGCUUAAAUUCUCUCUAUUUUUUUAAAUGUCCUCUCUGUGUCCGUGGCCCUCCAUGCAAGCCCCCCAAGACAAUGGUGUCAUGAGGCGGUGACCUGAGAAGUGUGUGUACUUGUGCCCCAGCAGGGAAGGGAUGGCCUCUGGGGGCAGGCCCACUGCCUGGAAUAGGCUGGAGCAGCAGUGGGGAAGGCCCGAGGAGGAGGCACGGUCAGGAGGUGUGCUCGUGGCCUGAGUCUGGCCAGGCGCGAAGGUACAGAGAGGCACAUGCAGACACAUGCACACGCGCAGGCAGACCCACGCAAACAUGCACACAGCUUUGUGGGGAGCCCGAAAGGGACGGGGUGCUCAGUGGGUCUGCCCUGGCCUGUCAGAAAGGGGAAAGGAGGCCAGAUAGGGACAGGGAACCCCCGCUUCUUAGAGCAAUUGGAGAGGGAGGUGAGCUUGAAGCAUGCGGACUCAGCUGUAUCCCAGCCUGGGCCCAGAUGGGGGCUUCCUGGGCAGGGAGGGCAGCCCCAGGCCCACCAACUCUGGAGGCAAAUGGAGCCCCGAGAACCAGAUAGCAUCAGGCCAGACGGCAGAAACUCCAUGUGGCCAGGGACCUCAAAAGCACUUGCUGGGCACCCCAUCUGCAAUGUGGUCCUCCCCAGCCCCUCUGCCUCCCCUCACAUACCUCCAAUGACAAGGGGCUCACUACAUGAGUGAGCCAAGGCAGCUGUGCCUUUCUGCUUCCCAGAGCCAGGCUUCUCCAGCUCUUCCUCUCAACACUGUCCCUCUAGCAGGCCUCCAGCUGUCUCUGGGGCAGUAUCACUUCACCUUCCCGCUGCUGUCAGCUGGCCAGAAGGGAGCAGGUACCUUCCUCUCCGGCUGUGGCACCCUGAUCCUGUUAAUGUGGCCUGAAAACCAAUGAGUGAUUUGGCCACAUGACCUUGGAAAGUCACCCUGCUCUGCUGUAACUAAAUCCCGGACCCCACACACAGGUGACAGCUAAGCCACAUCUUUCCCUCUGUAUACACAGGAUGAUGGGGGCACUUACUGUGUAGACCGAGUGAGGGACCGUGCCCUCUUUCCCGUUCCAUUCCCUCCUACUCGAUUCCUUCCCGCCUGUGGAAUUUCUCUGCACCCUGAUUCUGUGACCACUGAUUUGCUCUCUCCCAGCACACCUGCCCAGUGAGGAGCUGGCCCUAGGUGUCUCACCCGAGGUGUGUGGACCAGGGUGGCCUCUCCGUGUUUGACAUUGGCCCAUUAAUCCAUCCUCUUUGGGGGAUACAUUCCAAUUGCAUUUCCUGCCCCCUUCCCCCAGGGAGAUGGCAGAUCCUUUUGGGCGCCGUGCUGGAAGCCAGAUACACUCGAUCCAGCCCAGCCCCGGUCUGCUCAACUUCUAACCCCGUCAGAGCAAGGAGGCUGAGCUGCUGGGGCCUGACUGGGGAGCCCACCCUGGCCCCUGCUGGUCACUGUGUCCUUGCUCAGGUGCUCACAACCCUGCCUUUAACUCUAAAGUCAAGCCCUAAGCCGCCACCACAAGGUCUGCCUGAUCCAACCUUUGAGCAAGUAAGGAUGACAAGUAUCCCUUUCCACCUUUGAGACCCUCUGCCUGGAUCUCUGGACUUCUCCGAGUUCAACCUGUCCUGUGGUUUUGCUCCCCUGUUUGCUGGGGAACUCACUCCCCCAGUGCAUCCUAGGCCACCCUCCUCGCCUGACAUGCAGCCCUGUGUCAACCAUCGGGUCCCAGCAGCCAGCUGGCCCUGCUGAAGCUCUUCCAAACAGAGCUUCUUCAAGGACUUCAGUUGAUGUCCUGGUCCUUCUGCCACCUCAGCCCACCAGGGACUGUGCCACCAUGGGUCCCUUGGGCAGCAGCUGUGCUGGCUUCUGGAGACACACCCCUCUUUCUCCCUUUGCACAUGCACCAUCUGAAUCAUGCCAGGGACACUUUGGGCAGAUGCAGGGGCAGACACCUGACCUCGCAGGAGACCUGGCCCUUCUCUCCCAGACCCGAUACGUUGGAAGCGACAUCAGAAACGGUCAUCUCACCCCCCACUUCUUAUUUUAUAGCUGGAAACCCUGAGGCAAGAGAGGGGAAGAGACCUGUCCGAGGUCCGGGUUAGUGACAGCUGAGCUGAGAACAGGUACAUCGUGCCAGCCCCAUCGUCCCCUGUGGUUUGUGAAUGACCUUCAGGUCAGGGGGUCACAACUUGUUCUUAGCAAACUUGCCAGCCCCUGGGGUCACCUCUUCCCAUUCUGGGCCCUCACAAGGCCCCGAAUCUAGCCAGGACCCCAUGCUGGGAGCUGGUCUAGGGACAGCACGCUUGUUAAAGCCAGAAGGGACCUCAGAGAGCCCCUCAUGCUGGAGGUGCCCUGUCAGCCGUGGCUAGGGACACUUUGCUCUAUGCUGUGCCUUGCUGCUCACAGGCUCUUAGACACCAGCACCCAUUCCACCCAGCCCUGGACUGGGCGUAGCACACAGAUGAACAAGAAUGCAGGGCCUGCCCUCAAGGGCUUCUCUCCCAGAAGGAAAGCCCAGCCAGAGAGUCUAGACAUGGCAGGGACCCAUUUCUCAGAUGAGCCUGAGGCUCAAAGAAGGGAGGCGAUGUGUUCAGGGCCAGCAAGCAAAGGUCUGCAGGGCCGGGCAGGCCUCUCCCACCUUAUGGGAGGAGGUGCAGCCUUCGCUGGGAGCUGGGCAGGGAGUAGCCAGGACCACCCCUCACCCCUGCCAUGACAUGGGAUCUUCAUCACUAGGGGGGCUGGGUUGGGAAGAGGGAGAUAACUGUGUAGUCUCCGGAGCAAAACACAGAAUGAGAGGUGUGCAGGAGGGGUCUUGACGAAAAGCCAAGUUCCACCUCCCUGCUGGGGAGGUUGAGGCUUAGAAAGAGGAAAGAAUCAGCCCAGCUAACACAGGGCAGAGGAGGGACACGAAGCCCGGCUCAUGGCCCCAGCCAGAGCCUCAUCUGCUUGCUCCGUGAAGCCUCCCAGCCGCUUCGCUAUCCCAGGAAACACACAGGGAGGCUACACAGAUACGCUCCUCACAAGGGUCAGACCAAGGUGCCAGCAUAGCCUGGAAAGAGGCCGGAGAGGGGCUUGGUGCACACGGCUGGGCAUCUUAGGAGGCUUCCUGAGGGUGGGUGAAGGUGGGAAGGCCCUGGCACUGCAUCAGAUGAGUGCCAAGCUCCCAGCAUAGGUUUGGGGACAGCCUCUUCUCCUCUGGGAAGCCCUGCAGCCUACUAGCAAGAAGCUGCCUCCCCCAAACUCCCUCUGAACACCCUUUUCAUGUUGCACACAGGGAGCCUUGGGAAGGAGGACUGCCUGAUGCCUGCCUGGCUCCAUCCUUGAGCUCUAGGCACCACCUAGGGUGAGGGAGAGCCUGCAGCUCUGGGGCUAAGUCUGCCCUGUGGGGAAAGGGCCCCACGCUUGCACACACGCACUCGCACACACACACUCACACCUGGAUGCAUGUUGAGGCUCACGGACCCACACUCGCAGGCACAUGGGGCCUGGGGGCCCAGGGGAGCAGGAAAGACGAACCCUCUAACAUUUGGCCCUUGGAAGGCACUGUUACCAAUGAGCCUCUUUGCUGGUUUCCCCCACCCUCCCCCCACGGGGGUCCCAUGGGAGCCCAGUCCAGCCGGGUGUGGGGAUGGGCCACCGGCCACGCCUGUUUUCCUUGUACAGACAGACUCUCACUGCCCACCCGCCAUCCCCAGACACAUUUUAUUUAAUAACUCGUCAUUGUUAAAUUAUUUAUUAGCAUUUACCACACCAUCACCCCCGCCCUGCCCUCCACUCUCACCUUCCACUUCUUCCCACAACAGCAGAAAAUGGAAACAACAAAAAAAGACGAGACAUCAGUAUAUUUGUAAAUAAACCGACCUGUACACGCC